AUGAAGCGUUGGGCUGAAUUCGAGAGGGAGAGGAGAUGGAAGCUGAAUCACUCGAGGGAUUCGACUUAUCUGGAUCCUUACAGGUCCAUCUCGCCCAGACGGUACGGUCCUUCGUUUCAUAUUUCCAUUCACAUGACUAAUAGCAUCUUUAGCCCUGAAAGCCACCGUCAAUCCAUGGUUUCAAUGCAAGAUGGCUUCGAUCCCUACGGACGUCCACCCACCUUUAUUCAAUCGCGACACUCCGAUUCACCAGACAGUUCACCUCAGCCAUAUCCUCGUUCAAGGCAAGACAGUGCGCCAUUGCUCAUGCUUCCUGCUCCACUUGCGGUUACGGGUAAUCAACACACUUCGUCGGUUUCAUCAUCUUUGAAUGAUUCCAUGUCUGGCUACCUUGCACCCGAUGCGCAGCCAAAUUACAGGUUACACCGUGCACCUGAUGACCCAACAAUGUACACACCGGACUACAGUGACCGUUCAGAGCGUGAACCCAUUUUAAUGUCACCAAGCACAUCAGAAAACAUCGUCUCCCCCACUCGGGGAAUCAACGCUCUGAAUGAAGCCGUUAUCAGGCAUACUACUGGAGGUUCUUCGUACCCAGGUGAAACUCCGAACCCGUAUCGCAACUCGCAACAUCAUACGGCUGCGUACGAAAAUAUGCCCAACUUCCAAGGGUAUAGUGCUGAGGUUGUGGACGAGAUGCCCGUUAUCCCACCACCACGACAACGUGGAGUAAGUUUGAUCGAUCCUGGACCGGUCGUUAACCCGGAUGGAGGUUCGUCGCGUCGGACAACCAGGGCGACCAAGCGAUCAUCGGCCACUAUCAUCUCUUCAUCGAGUGGAGGCCAGACAAGACACAAGCACCAAUCCCUUCCUCCUACUCCUGUCUCUCCUCCGCCCAACACAUAUCUACCCCCCGGAGCUGCACCACCGCAACCGCAGCCAAACAACCAGAACCGGUACUAA